AUGAACAUGAACAAUGUUGAAAUUGUCGCCAAGGCCGAAAAGACUAGCCGUAAGCGGCCAGCAGUUGGCUCAUUUGAAGACCAACUCAUGGCGGCCGACCGCAAUAUUGUGGUAAGUUUAGAGAACAAUGUAGAUAACACAUAGGCGUUGUGACACUGAUAUCAAUUACAACUAUUAAUCAAAAAAUCAUUGAAUUACGCUUAUUAGUGUUACAACAAGACUAAAAGUCGUAACGCACACCUAGGGGCGAUUUUUUUUUGGGCGAUUUCUUCAAGGGCGAUUUCUUUAUGGGCGAUCCAAAAUAUUUAAAAAAAAAUACUUUUGGCCUUACCUGACCCCAUUCCUGACCUUUUAGGCCCUACCUGACCCUACCCUUGACCUUUUUGGUCCAACCUGACCGUACCCCUGACCUUUAUGGCCUUACUUGACCCAGCCCCUGACCCUUUUGGCCCUACCUGACCCCAUUCCUGACCUUUUUGGUCCAACUUGACCCUACCCCUGACCUUUCUAGCCCUACCCAACCUCACCCCUUACCCUUUUACCCCUACCUGACCUUAUCUCUGAUCCUUUUACCCCUACUUGACUCUACCCCUGACCCUUUUUGCCCUACCGAACACUACCCCUGGCUAUUUUAACCCUACCCUAUCAUACUCUAUGCUACCUACUAUACCAUACCUCACUUACCUAGUACACCAUAGUGUCUCAUACCAUACCAUAUCAUACUAUAUCGUACGUUCUCUACUAUUCUCUACCUUACCUACCAUAUCGUAUUCUAUACUACCUACCGUACAAUACCCUACCGUAUCCUGCACCGUCAUACCCUAUAUAUAUAGCUAUAUUAACAUACCCUACACUAUCUUAUAUACCAUACUAUACUACAUCAUACCAUACCAAACCCUAUACUACUUAGUUACCAUACCUAACUUACCUACUAUACCAUAGUGGGGUAGAGUCAAGUAGGGGUAAAAGGAUUAGAGAUAAGGUCAGGUAGGGGUAAAAGGGUAAGGGGCAGGGUUGGGUUGGACCAAAAAGGUCAGAAGUAGGGUCAGGUAGAGCCAAAAGGGUCAGGGAUUGGGUCAAGUAGGGCCAAAAGGGUCAGGGGUUGGGUCAAGUAAGGCCAAAAAGGUCAGGAGUAGGGUCAGGUUGGACCAAAAAGGUCAGGGGUAGGGUCAGGUAGGGCCAAAAGGGUCAGGGGUUGGGUCAAGUAGGGCCAAAAGGGUCAGGGGUUAGGCCAAGUAAGGCCAAAAAGGCCAGGGGUAGGGUCAGGUUGGACCAAAAAGGUCAAGGGUAGGAUCAGGUAGGGCCUAAAAGGUCAGGAAUGGGGUCAGGUAAGGCCAAAAGGGUAUUUUUUAAAAAAUAUUUUGGAUCUCCCAUAAAGAAAUCGCCCUUGAGGAAAUCGCCCAAAAAAAAGAUCGCCCACAAAAAAAAUCGCCCCUAGGUAUGGGCAGCCCUAAAAGUUACUUUUCAAAUAAUAAAAUUUUGCCCAUAAUAACUGUAAAACCAUAAUUAGCAAGACACUUUAAAACAAACUUGAGUAACAAUAACUAUCAAAAAUUGCAAUUUUUAGCCAACCAAACGGUCAAGGAAGUCAAAGGAAGAAAAAAUGGGCAAAAAUGUCCAAUACAUUAAAGUAGCAGCCUUGAAUGCGACCACACCGUGCGUUCCAGUGCAACCGCUUGAAGACGUAGCUGACCGAGAAAACAGCUACAACCCGCUGAUUACAAUUCAGUAA